AUGUACAUGCUGUACAAAGCAAUAACCAGAUCGACAAUACUGCCAUUCCCUACACUGCCGCCUGAUGCUGACACUUCCAAUAUUCCCGACACUGUGGAUAAUCAUAGCAUAGGUUCAGUCAUCGUGGCAUCCCUGGUACCAAUAACGAUCAUUUCUACACUGCCUGCCUUUGCGAGACUAUUUGUCAAGGGAUGGGUACAAAGACGGAUCCAAUACGACGACGGGAUUUUACUUUUGGCAGUGGCAUCGGGAUGGACAGCGACCGGUACCACGCUCAAGGCUGUCUCGCUGGGACAUGGCAAACAUGUCGCCCUUCUCACAGAUUCGCAAAAAGAGGAAGCAUUUCGGUGGCAAGUGAUGGCAUUUGCCUUUGGAAUUAUUGCCCUGGCGCUUCCGAAGGUUGCUAUAGUAGCCCUGGUUAAUCGACUUCUUCAACCAAACCGACUUCAUCGGUUUUUUCUCUGGAUAAUGGUGUUGUUGUGUGUCACUGGACUACUGGGAAAUGUGAUUGGGCUUUAUGCGGAAUGCCCGCAAGAGGCAGUGGUGCAAAUAACAUACACCAAGACGGCGUGUCUUGGCCCUGAAAGGGCGGUUGCGUAUUCCAUAUCCACCAGUGCCAUCUCAGCUGCCACGAACGGGUACCUUGCUAUUUACGCUGCAUUUGCCGUGCGGAGGCUAAAAGUAACUCGAAGAAAACGACUUGCGCUUGCAAUUUCCCUGGUUCUCGGUGUUUUAGCAUUACUUACAGCCAUUUUCAAAUGCACGAGACUGAAGUCUCUUGGCAGUCCUGAUUUCACCUAUGACUCCGCAGAUCUUAUCAUUUGGACAAGUCUCGAGGCCAAUGUCGUUAUUAUUGCGGCAUGCAUCCCGGCACUCCAACCCCUAGUCGAUCAUCACUUCCCGGACCAUUUGUCAACUCCAGCUUCGUCCCCGAGCGACACUGUUUCUCGAAUAUCAAGAGGAUCGCAAGGCAAAAGCUGGCAUGGAUUCAAUGAUCUGGAGGCGGGGAGGGGAUCUAGUCUUUCGACACAAGCACCCGAAAUGAUUAUGGUUGAAAGGGAGUUCAAAAUUGCGUACAGCAGGGCUAGCAGCAGUACGACCCCUUGCACGUCCGACUUUUCUAUGCCAAGCAUGCAGCCGGAAGAACGACUGCAGAUCAUCAAAGACUACGCCCCAGGCGGAUCAAUAACGACAACAGUGGUGGUGAAAUUUUCAACCCGCCCACCGAAUCACCCGGCGUUCCCCGCGAAUUAG